AUGCCGCUCUCUGCAUCUUCCAUGGAGAGUCUGAAGGAGUCAUCCACUCGACCCCGCGGCAUCAUUGCCCGCCUGUUCGGAACAGACUUCAAACGGCAUGCCUCCACGAGGGCCUCAAACCAGACCUCCAACGGGCGGUUAGCUCCGUCACCAAAGAGGGCCAUGGGAAUCCUGAAUGUCAAGGAGACAGUCGACGUGCCAGGUUCCGUCCGCCUCGUUGCUACAAAGUCCAACCAUUCACCGGCUUUCCGCGGUGCUGAUGCAAGAACGUCCCCGCACUCCUCUGCUCCCCAGGCAUCCUUCCCCCUCGACCUGCCGGCGAGUUCCGCCGUGCCCGACACUAUCGAGGGGAUGAAGAAAACGAGCGACGGUAGCAUCAUCCUAGAACCCCAGCCCGAGGAGUCGGUCAAUGAUCCUCUCAACUGGCCUGCCUGGCGCCGCGAUGUUGCCUUGCUAUCUCUCGGCUUCUACUGCAUCAUUUGUGGUGGCAUCACACCCCUUCUUUCCGCCGGCUUCCCCAACCUGACUCAGGAGCACAGCAUCUCGCUCGAGGCCUUCUCCCUCACAACUGGCCUGUACAUGAUGGGGCUCGCCAUCGGCUCCGUUCUCGCCUCUCCCACGGCCAUCCUGUUCGGCAAGCGGCCCGUGUAUCUUGCCAGUGCCGCCAUCUUCAUCGGCACUUGCCUCUGGGCCGCCUUGUCCUCUAGCUUCGCCUCUCUCAUGGCUGCCCGCGUCUUUCAAGGCAUGGCUGUGAGCCCCAUUGAAUGCCUUCCGCCCUCCACCAUUGUCGAUAUGUUCUUCCUCCAUGAGCGGGCUUACCGCAUCGGCAUCUACAACAUGCUCCUGCUCGGCGGCUUGAACCUGCUUCCCCUGCUCAGUUCUGUCGUCAUCGACGUGUACGGCUGGCGUUGGGUCUUUUGGAUCGUCGCCAUGCUCGUCUUCCUGGCCUUCGUCCUCCUCUUCUUCUUUGUCCCAGAAUCUUACUGGGAGAGAAAAUCAACGAGGGAGCUGUCGAUGGCUCCGUUCUUCCUCCGCCCUCUUCCCUCCUGCUUCUUCGCACCCCGCGUUGCCAUGACAUCCACGGCGCGUCGUGGCUGCGAUGUAGGCCCAAUCCCUCCCCUCUCCGGAAGGCUUGCCUCAGUCGCCACCAUCGACCAGGAUGAAGGCGGCGACCAUGACAUCCAUGCUCGCUGCCAUUCGGUCACCUCACCGCCCGCUCGUCCCCUCUCGGCUGACCGAGCCACAAUCGCGGGAAUUCAAGCAAUGGGCGAGCCUUGGACUGGGCCCCCUGCCACUGGAAGCGAAGCUCCUGAGGAAGACCUGCAGGACUCACGCGUAUGGCCCACGUCGUCGAACCCAGGCAUCAACAUUCGAGUCCUCGAGCUUCUGAGCCGCUCUGCUCCAGACGUACCGCCGACUCCUAGGCUGCAUAGCUUUUCCUCGCCGUACUAUCAGACCAUCCUUGAGAGGAAUUCCGAUGCCGACUAUUUCACCGUCGAACCGACUCGAGACAGUGGGAAACUGCUUUCAUUCCUGCACAACGAGCCGGCCAGCACGAAUUCGUACACACAAGCCCUUCGUCAGCGGCCCGCCCAGACCCUUGUUCAACGGUUGAAGCCGUACCAUGGACGCCUUAGAAAUGACAAGUGGCUGAAGGUCAUGAUCCGUCCCGUCAUCCUGCUCGCCUAUCCCGCUGUCCUCUGGUCUUCUGCCGUGUACGCCUCCUCGGUCGGCUGGCUGAUUGUCAUUUCCGAGACCAUGACCGUCCUCUACCGCGACCCAGCCAUGUACGAUCUCACGGGUCUGCAGACAGGUCUCGUCUACUUUUUGCCCCUCCUGGGCGGCAUCUUAGGAACCGGGGCGGCGGGUAAGCUGAGCGACUGGACGGUGAGAGUCAUGUCACGCCGCAACGGUGGCCUGUACGAGCCCGAGUUCCGCCUCGUCAUGGUGAUUCCCGUCUUGGUGACGAAGACCCUAGGCCUUGCGGGGUUUGGUUGGUCCUCGCAGGAGCUGGAGAGCUGGAUCGUUCCCUCCAUCUUCUUUGGCAUCCUAUCCUUCGGCUGCGCCAUGGGCGCCACGACGGCCAUGACCUUUUGCCUUGACAGCUAUCACCAAUACGCUGCGGAAGCGUUGGUGGCUCUCAACUUGAGCAAGAAUAUGCUGCACGGCCUGAUCUUUGGCUUACUGGUGUCGCGUUGGCUGGCCGCCGACGGAUCGAAGACGGUAUAUAUGUGGCUGAGCAUCAUCCAGUUGAUUGUCCUGCUCACCGCGGUCCCUCUGUACAUGUACGGAAAGCGAGCCCGGAUGUGGACGAACGAACUCGAGAGCGAAAGGCGUUUGGAUUUCUACGACACGGCGCAACGGAUCCCCGGCCGUAAACGGAUGGGAUACUGCAGCGAUAUGGGAGACGUUGUGGGAUUCCAGGGUCUUGAGAGGGUCCUGAGGUUGUGGGGUGCCGAUGACGGCGACGCGGUAUCACGAUUCAAUGUCUGCAAGUAG